CAAAGAUCGAAAAGAUUACACAAAGAAAAGAAUAAGAACAAAUAUCUAAAAAAAUUAAAUUAUCCUGCAAAUCGAUUGUUGGCUUUUGCUUUUUUUCUUGCUGCUUCGUCACCAUUCGCAUUUUGAAUUCCAACUUGUUAUAGCAAAUUACUCGCUUAAACUAAUACAAAUGAGCGCAGCUAAUGUCCGUCACAACGGCCAAGUAUUAUUUCUGCUGGGCAAGCGCCACGGCAGCCACGGUGAAAACACCUGGGGGCUGCCUGGCGGCCACCUCGAACUUGGUGAGAGCUGGGCAUCCUGCGCCGAGCGCGAAGUUCUCGAAGAAUGCGGCAUUCAAAUUCAAAGGUGUCGUUUUGUCGGAGCGACCAACGAUGUAUUUGAUCCUGCCAGCAUGCACUACCCGCUCACCAGUGGCAGUUAUUGUGACAAUGGCAGUGGGAAUGAUAAUAUUGCCUUUGAGCAACGGCUACCAGAGGUCGGGCUGAUGGAGCCGGACAAGUGUCUUAUGUGGGCGUGGGUCAGUUGGAGCGAGCUGGUCGCAAGAAAAGCGGUGCUGAGGGACGCCUGUUCGUCGAAAGCAUGUAAUCAACUUGAGGCGGAGGAAAAACACGAUAAUACAGGUCUAGAUCUGUCGUCGCUGUUUUUGCCUCUUUUGAACCUCGAAAGACAAUAUGGCGCUCAAGGUCCAUCUUGGUUGAAUCCAACUUUGUAGCCAUAAUUUUUUUUUUUGCAUAGCUCUAAUAAUAAUAUUUUCUUGGCAAUGCCACUCAGCAC